AUGAUGAUUCCCAAAAGGCUGUUGUUGACAUUUGUGGCCGGUCAGGGCAAGCAGGCCAACAUCAUCAUCACCGGCAAUUCAUCACUGAAGAAUGUCACUCAGCGGUGCUCCCUGUUGCACAGCAGCUCAGCUGUCAGAGCGAGUAAUCAAUUCAACUGGCAGGAUCCCUUUCUGGUGGAGGGUCAGCUGACAGCGGAUGAGCUGGAAAUUAAAAAUCAACUGAGGAGCUACUGUAAUGAGAAGCUGCUGCCGAGGGUGCUGCUGGCGAACCGAAAUGAAUCAUUUGAUAAGGCUAUAAUGAAGGAAAUGGGAGCACUCGGAGCACUGGGCUCCACCAUCAAGGGCUACGGAUGUGCGAAUGUGUCUUCAGUCGCCUACGGACUGAUCGCCUACGAGGUGGAACGUGUCGACAGUGGCUACCGUUCGGCGAUGAGCGUCCAGUCGUCGCUGGUGAUGCAUCCCAUUUACAGCUUUGGCUCCGAUCAACAGAAGGACAAGUACCUGCCCGGGCUGGCAAAAGGCGAACUGAUUGGAUCGUUCGGCCUGACUGAACCCAAUCACGGCAGCGAUCCGGGCAGUAUGGAGACUCGCGCCAAGUACGACGCCGCCUCCAAGUCGUACAUCCUCAAUGGAUCCAAGACGUGGAUCACCAACUCACCAGUGGCUGAUGUGUUUGUCGUCUGGGCCAAACUGGACGGCAAGAUUCGCGGCUUCAUCCUCGAGCGCGGCAUGAAAGGCCUCAGUACGCCGCAGAUUGAGGGCAAGUUCUCCCUUCGAGCCUCAGCUACAGGAAUGAUCCUGAUGGAGGACGUCGUCGUGCCAGAGGAGAAUAUCCUCCCCAAGGUGGAAGGCCUGAAAGGGCCAUUCAGUUGUCUGAACAAUGCUCGCUACGGCAUCGCCUGGGGAGCACUCGGCGCGGCCACCUUCUGCUUUGAGGCGGCUCGAAGCUACACGAUGGAGCGGAAGCAGUUUGGGCGGCCACUGGCGGCGAAUCAGCUGAUUCAGCUGAAGCUGGCCGACAUGCUCACCGACAUUAACCUGGGUCUGCUGGGCUGUCUGCAGGUGGGACGACUGAAGGACAGUGGGCAGCUGGUGCCGGAGAUGGUGUCGGUGAUCAAGCGCAACUCGGCGGGAAAGGCGCUGGAGAUUGCCCGCAAGUGUCGAGACAUGCUCGGCGGCAAUGGCAUCUCCGAUGAGUACCACAUCAUUCGGCACGUGAUGAACCUCGAAUCGGUGAACACCUACGAGGGCACACAUGAUAUUCACGCGCUCAUCCUCGGCAGAGCCAUCACCGGUCUGCAGUCUUUCAAGUGA